AAAAAACUCUUAGGAAUUCAAAGAUUUGAAGAUGCUGUCGUGUGAUCUCCUUGAGGAUUGCCAUUUAGAGACAGUUAAGCCUCACAGAAAUCUUCUUAGUGGUGUUGAGAAGGAGCUGCUUCAAAAGGCUGCUGUUUGGCAGCUUAUCCUGUCGAGGCGAUGAACCAUUCCUUGGAUCCUCGUUAUAGUGGUUGCGUCCCAUCGAUUGUAAAACUCUCCCCCCACACACAAAUGUGCAAAGCUGGACUUCUCAAUUGCCUGCUACUUACUCUGCAUUUGUUGAUUUUUCUGAAACAAUUGUGGUAAUUCAAGCCAUCUGUGGAUUUCUUAUUCAGUGGAAUACAUUAUGUGAAUACAUAGCUUUGACGUGAUAUACUGCCUACAAGCCACUCUGGACCUGUUACUCAAUAGUGUUUUAGAGUUGUUCGACCAUACACGGAGGAUUUCAAAUUUAAAAGGACAAAGGAGAAUAUUGAUUUGGGUGUCCAAUGGGUACAAGACCUAACGGACAAAAGCCCUCGUAUGGGGAGGCAGUUAACAUGGCUGACUCGGCCAAUACCAGCUUUGCAAGUGAUUAUGGCAACCACAAUGACUCCAAGACCCUUGUUCUCCAGGGUCAGAACCAUGUUGUAUCUAAUCACAUUGCAGGCAACCAUGUUGUAGGCAACUUCAACAACCUCGCAGCAGAGUCCAUGAAGUCAUAUGCUUCAUCCACAACAGAGGUCUCAAUGAGACAUCACAUUCCGAAGAGACGGAGACUUGUGGAGAAGAACGGUCGCUGCAAUGUUGAGUUUGAGAGCAAGGCAAAGCACUGGCGGCUUCAAUUCUUCAAGGAUAUCUUCACAACUUCAGUGGAUAUGCCAUGGAGAUGGAACAUCAUCAUGGUAUGUCUUGGAUUUCUCAUCAGUUGGUUGGUGUUUGCUGGAAUAUAUUAUGCCAUUGCCUGGGGUAGAGGAGACUUUGAUCAGCUAGACAACUCAGAAUGGUCACCUUGCUUCCGUAACUUCUACAACUGGAAUUCAGCGUUGCUCUACAGCAUUGAGGCGCAAACGACGAUAGGUUUCGGGUUCCGUUGCCCAACGGAGCAGUGUCCGGAGGCCAUCGUGUUCCUUGUUGUCCAAGUCCUGCUUGCCAACUUCCUGGAGGCAUUCAUCAUCGGUGCCUUCAUUGCCAAAUUCUCCCGACCAAAGAUGCGAGCAAGUACCCUGCUCUUCAGCAAGACUGCCUGCAUCACCAAGCAAGAUGGAAGAUUAUGUCUUAUCUUCAGGAUAGGUGACCUACGACAGAAAAGCCAGAUCGUAGAGGGUCACAUCAGGUUACAGCUAAUCAAACACCAUGUCACACAGGAAGGAGCAUGUUUUCCGUACAAAAUCUUUGAUUUGAACAUCGGCCAUGAAUUUGGCCUUGACCGCAUCUUUCUGGUGUGGCCACUCACAAUAUGCCAUGUCAUCGACAGUAAAAGUCCCCUGUAUGAGAUAUCAAGAGACAGUCUUCCUGGAGCUGAGUUUGAGAUUGUUGCCAUCCUUGAGGGUAUUGUAGAGUCCACAGGGACCACCACUCAAGCAAGGACUUCCUACCUCCCAGAUGAAAUCAUGUGGGGGUAUGAUUUUGAGAACAUCAUCUUUGAUAACGAUGGAAUGCAUUUCAUUGACUUUGAACGCUUCAACCAUCUGACUGAGGUGCCUGCCUUUACCCAUCUUAGUCCAAAGGAAUACUAUGAAGAGGUGAGGCGGCAGAACCCAAAUGGUGAUGGACCAAUUUGGGCAGAGCGGAAGGAAAGUACCUGCAGCGCUACGACCAGUACGCCGGUCAAAAAGCAGUCUUCUUUCAGAAGAUCGAGACAGAUUGAGUUUGAGUCAAGGCUGUGACUAGACAGAGGAACUUUAUAAAAAGGAAUAUUUGAAAAAAAUAACAGGCACAGUAUUGGAUGUUUUACAAGAGACAACUUGAAACACUAAGAGACAGCAUCCUUUACAAGCAGUUUCCAAGACCUCAGAUGUACAAAAUUAUAAACUUAUACCAGUCAACAUGAACAAUAUGAAGAGGGUUUGUCAAUGAGUUGGAGAACUGUUUGAGCACUGUCUCCAGAUGAUCUUCUGUGCCUGAUGUAUCAAUGAAUAUUCAUCUUCAAGAUUUAUGCGCAUAUCUGAACUCCUAAUUCUGGACAAAAGGCAGGUGUUGCCAAUUUGACGAGUCAGAUCAUUGGACAGAACAACUUGGAUGGAAUUGGAGAGAUUUUUUUUUAAAGAAAAGAAUGGAAUCGGUGCAUGGAUGGCUUUAUAUGACUCCGUGAAUUCAAUUGCAUGGAUGAGCAAAAGCUGGAAAUGUCAACCAUCAUAAAAAAAAUAAUAACCAAAAGACAUCUCCGAUGUACAGUGUACAGACAAUCUGUAAAUAUUUUGUACAGACUCUCUUAAAGGGACAGAGAGAUUGGUACCCUUGUUUGCUGUGAAGUCCACUUAUAUAGGUCCCCAAAGGUGCUGAAGAUAUGUUUGUGAACCACUCUUGUUUCAUCACACCAUGCACUUACCACUAGGUAAUAUGACAGGCUGAUUUUAAUUAGCUGCUGAAGUUAAAAACCCAUCUCAUGAAUUUGACCUGUUAUCUUCAAAACUUUUGUGCCAUUAUUUCAGAGAUGCUGUCCAAUUGGUGGUCACAGAACUCUUGCCUGUUAAGCCUGUCUGGCUAGCUUUAUCUUUAUCUGUGAAACAGAAAAUACUUCUGCUUGGGACAACAACCAAGAAAUUCUCAUAAACUUCAUACAUUCAUGGAUGACAAACAACCAGCAUUAUGUUUAACAGUGUAAUGACAAGGCUGAAAUUUGUUGUUUUCUGAAAGCCAUGUUGCAUUUGAACUGCUUGGUGAAGACACUAUGACAGAGAGAUUGGAAUUGACAGUACUGUGUUUUUUAUUAGAAAGACUGCACAGAGAACACCACACUUAUCAACCACGGUGUGGACUUCUAGGUGGUGGGAUGAUGAAAUCUGAAGCAAGAUGGACAGACGGAAGUGAUUUAAACUAGAGUUGUGAAAAGGAGGAAGCAGACAAGAAACAUAUUUGGAGGAAGAGACCUUAAGUCUUGAGAUAUGAUGGUUUCCUCCUUUCAUUGGAAGCUCAUUGCUGAAGUUUUGGAAAGGAUUUCAUGAGAUGAGAGGAUUGAGACCAGAGGAUCACCAGGAGUAAGCUUCCAUAUACUUCAGAAAGAGAUUAAUUAGCCUUCAAAAUUUUAAGACCCAUCUUGGAUCUGCUACAUGAGAGACUACGGGUGAUGUGGUAACCUCAAAGAAACUGGCAUUUAGGGAGCACAUUCC